UGCACUUUCGGUCCGAUCCGCGGCCGCCCGCUCCGUUUCCGGAGCGCCCUUCCACCGUCCCCUGACCCGCUUCCGAGUGCCAGUGCAGCUCGAGCCCGCCGACCAUGCCCGCGGGCGUGUCCUGGACGUCCUACCUGAAAAUGUUCGCCGCCAGCCUCCUGGCCAUGUGCGCCGGCGCGGAGGUGGUGCACCGGUACUACCGGCCGGACCUGACAAUACCUGAAAUUCCACCAAAGCCUGGAGAACUCAAAACAGAGCUUUUGGGACUGAAAGAGAGACAACAUGAACCUCAAAAUUCAUCUCUGCCAAGAACUCUAGUUCUGGAACAGAACAGCCUCUGGGUGCUGCUCAAGUAACACCUUCUCCACGAUGCCUCAACCUAUAUGGUUCUAAGAAAAACUGCUUCUUUUCUCUGAAGUCAGCUGCAAUGCCUUCUGCGUAUACCUUCAUCGUCGUUAGCAUCCUACCAUCCCGUGACUGUUCUCCCUCCUACAGCUGCAUGCCGAGGACAGGGAGAAGGCCCUCUCCCUACAUCCUGGUAUAACCUAUCAUACACGCAGGACUUAGAGGAUUAUGAUUUGUCAUCCUGACUAGUCUGAAUGUCACAAUUUAUAAAUAUUACACAUUGGUGAGUCAUGCUAAUUAUGAAUUAUAGAUAUAUUUUUAAAUGGAGUUUGGGGACUGUGACAAUGGAAACUACACUUAGGAGAAGAAUCCUUAAGCUAGGCCUGGGGAAAAAAAGUAUGAUGAUUAGGUAACUAAUAAGAAGAUAUUCCAGGUAGAAGAGAAUAAAAGCAAGGAAGAAGUCAUUUUCAAAGCUAUUGUUGUGACAUUAAAAUAAAAACUUGGAAUACAUAUUUCUUGAAAAUAAAGGGUAGCAAAGACCCAGUGUACCUCCAGUACUUGGCCCUUGAGUUCAAAUACUCGUUAACUUGUGCACCCUCUACCCUUUAUUUUGUGGAGCA